AUGUGGCUGUUAAACGUUUUGCUUUUUGCUUGCGUGCUGGCGUUAGCGUACUCCUUUGCGGUGGUCAAUCGAUACUUCUCCUUUAAACUGCACAAGAACACGUUUCCUUUGACUUUGACGAUAUUGACGUGCAAUUUGGUGAUUUUGCUAUUUACCGCUUAUUUGCUUCCAUUGGAUGUCUUUUACGCUACAAGGGCUGCUGCACCCGCAGAUUUAUCGUCUCCGCAGAAUAGCACUGCCAGUGGCCCGACCAGCAGCCUGGGGAUCAACGUGGCAGCAGUUCUGGAAUUGGAUGCGGCAGCUGAACAGCGCAUCUUUCGUGUCGCGUGGCUGCUGGUGUACUGGCUCGAGUUCGUGACUUGCUGGUUCGUCAUACCAGUGCUGAUAUCCUACUGCACUCUGAAAUACGCAUGUGCUAAAGAAGCGUCCGGCACGCAGCAGCGGUCCCCGAUAUGGGAGCGUUUGAUCCGUGCUAUUUUCCAGAACCUGAAGUUUUAUCUGCUCUGCCUGCUGGGACUCGUUUGUGGGGUGGUUUAUUUGCUGACGAGUACGGGUCACAGUUUGAGCGAUUUCAAACCGCUCAUCAUUUCUCUGUCGCAUCUCUACUCGUUGAGCUAUACCUUGAUUUUGCUUUCCAUCGGUCUCAUAAUCUUCCCUAAGAACUUGUACGCAGUCGGUCGGUUGCCUACAAGCGACAGCAUCAAUCGGUACUUUGUCGAGCUGAGCAAGACGAAUGAUGAUUUGAACGACAGUCGGAUGAACAUGCUGGAGAGUGCAGACAGGAUACUGAGCAUCCCGGAGCCCAACAAUGGCGAUGUUGUGUUUGCUCAAAUGCUGAAUGAUUGCAAGUUGGAAGUACGCGGUACUUUGAACGAGACGGAUGUGUCGAUAUCGAACCUUAUCCCGGGCUCAAGCUCUUUGACGGUCACAAGCUUGGACAAACUCAACAAAUAUUACAAUGAAUUUAUCACGCAUUACUAUAAUUUCCUCCAUUACCAAACCCACUCGAAUUCUAUUAUUCACAUUCUGGCGCAGUCUCAGUCCAGCAACAGUUUGUCCUCUGCUUCCUCCGCAUUUAGAUACGUUAAAGGCGUCGCGAUACUCCUUCUGGCAGCCAUAUCUGUCACCCUAUCCCUGCUUAUCGUUUACCUGGAGAUGACGCCCACCAAAUGGGGCCAUGGCUGGAUUUUCGAUGGGAACCGUUGGUACAACUUUGCUCUCGAACUCAUUAUAUUUGCAUACAACACUUUCGUCUCCCUUUACGCAAUGAGCAGAUUUAAAUUCAGCAACUUCCACUUGAUACCGAAUGGUAGGAGUAAUCCGACGAACGCGCUGUAUUACUCCUUGUACUCUAGCAGGUUGUUAUUCCCGCUAUGUUUUAACUUCAUGGUGCUAGUUCCCUCUCAGACUAAGAACAGAGUCAAGAGCAGUUUUGAGACAACCCUCUACGAUAACCUGACCGUUAUACCGCUGGUUGGCUACCUGAACAAGUAUCUGCCGAGUCUGUUCCUCGCAGUUACCAUACUGAGCUACAAGUUCGAUCUCAAGCAGAAAGUACUGCUGAAAGUGCUGGGGGAAGAAUACUACUACCAAUUUUUCGGCAUGAUGAUGUAUGAGCCAGUCGGCGAAAUUGACUCUCUGCAAGGCAACGACCCCAGAAGACCAUCCGUUUUAACAGAAGAUAGCUUCAACUUCGGUGGCCGUUCACAAAUGGAUGAAGACUAUGAAUACUCGCUGCAGGACGGCCGGUACCUUUUCGAGAGGGCUUCAAGCAAUUACGACAUGUCUACGAACAACGGAGCUGCCAACAGUGAUCGCGCCAGUGGUAAUGGUUCGUAUUUAUAG